AUGUCAAACAAUAAUGAUAAUGAUGAAUUUGAAAGAGUCUUUGUUUAUGACGAACAUAAAUGGUAUAAUCGACUUAAAGGGAAAACUUACUAUAGAGUAUUUGGAAAUUGGGAAUGUAAUGAUUGUGGAAAUUUAUGGCCUUCUGCAUAUACGUGGAUUUCUUUCAAGAAGUUUUUAGAAGGUGUUGAUGCUAACCUAUUGGUGAAUUCAAAAUUGCGAAUGUAUCAAAGAUGUUCAGGGUGUCUAAGUGAUCAUAGUGCGAGGCUUUUAAACUAUUAUCAAUUAGGAGAGAGAGGUUCUGGACCACGAGGAAUGCGUGGAAUUUCUGGAGGUCAUAGAAGAGAUUUAUGGGACCCUUUAUUUGAGAAAAUCAUUCUAACGGGAAUAGAUUCACCUGAUGAUAAUGUAGUUGCAGCUGCAUCUACAUCAACUGAAGAAACCGGGACCAAGUUUAAUCAUGACAAAUCCUUAAAAUUUUUCAAAGAAAAUAAGGAUUGGAGUCUCUCCAAAUAUAUAGAUCAUAUGGAAUCUCAAUUAAAUGAUAUUUUUGAUGAAAUCUAUAGCAAUUAUGCGAUAGCACUUGCCAAUAGACCAAGUUAA